GGGAGGUUGGGGGUUGUUGGACUGGUGAGCGAGUUUUUGAGGUGUUUGAGCAGUGUUCGUGAGGGGACACCCAGAGACCGCUGACACAGGCUCACUCAGCCGCCUUUCUCCUCCGCCUGUCUCCGCGCCAGACCUGGAGGCUCCCUGCCUGCCUUUCCCUCUUGCCUCCAGGGAUUUCAUACAUCACUCUGGCAGCGGGUGGAGGUUUCCUCACAUGCAGUGGCCCAGGGCUGAAGAUACCCAGUCACGUAUGGAAGCAGCUUCAAUGCCAUUUUGUGAGGGGUUGAGGCCCCCAGAGGAGGAAUCACAGCAGCCCAGGAAGAGAGAGACCGUGUGUCUUCUGUACACUUCUAAAGGAUCUGUUCUUGCUGAGAGCUGCUCCACGUUCACACUGCAUACGUCUUGAGUGCUGUCUUUGUACCCACACUCGAGUGACACAAGAUGCCCUUCAAUGGUGAGAAGCAAUGUGUGGGUGAGGACCAGCCAAGCGAUUCAGACUCUUCCCGGUUUUCCGAAAGCAUGGCUUCACUCAGUGACUCUGAGUGCUCCAGGCAGAGUUUCACAAGCGACUCUUCCAGCAAAUCCAGCUCUCCUGCUUCAACAAGCCCUCCCAGGGUAGUAACAUUUGAUGAAGUGAUGGCUGCCACAAGGAACUUAUCAAACAUGACGCUUGCUCAUGAAAUUGCUGUAAAUGAGAACUUUCAAUUAAAACAAGAUGGCCUCCCUGAGAACAGCUUGGCGAGUCGAGUGAAGCACAUUGUCCACCAGGCCUUCUGGGAUGUCUUGCAGUCAGAACUGAAUGCGGAGCCUCCCGAGUAUGAACAUGCCAUCAAACUGUUUGAAGAAAUCAGAGAGAUUCUCCUCUCUUUUCUGACUCCUGGCAGCAACCGGCUUCGCAACCAGAUCUGUGAAGUUUUAGACACAGACCUAAUUAGACAGCAGGCUGAGCACAGUGCUGUUGACAUUCAGGGUCUGGCCAACUACGUCAUCAGUACAAUGGGAAAGCUCUGUGCUCCCGUGCGAGAUGAUGACAUCAGAGAGCUGAAGGUUACCAACGACAUCGUGGAGGUGUUGAGACAAAUAUUUCAUGUUCUGGACCUCAUGAAAAUGGACAUGGUCAAUUUUACAAUUAGGAGUCUUAGACCACAUCUUCAACGCCAGUUGGUGGAUUAUGAGAGAACCAAGUUCCAAGAAAUUUUGGAAGAAACUCCGAAUGCUCUUGAUCAAACUACAGAAUGGAUAAAAGAAUCUGUAAAUGAAGAAAUACUUUCUCUUUCUGAGACGGCUUUAACACCUGGGGCUGAAAAUAGCUCUAAGCCAAGCCUGAGCCCUACUCUGGUGCUAAAUAACAGUUAUUUAAAACUGUUGCAGUGGGAUUAUCAGAAGAAAGAAUUACCGGAGACACUCAUGACAGAUGGAGCACGUCUUCAGGAACUGACAGAAAAGCUGAAUCAGUUGAAAAUUAUUGCCUGCCUGUCCCUAAUUACCAACAAUAUGGUGGGUGCUCUUACAGAAGGCCUUCCCGAGCUUGCAAACAGGUUAAAAAGGAUUUCAGCUGUUCUACUUGAAGGCAUGAACAAAGAGACCUUUAACUUGAAGGAAGUCCUGAAUUCUAUCGGUGUUCAGACUUGUGUUGAGGUUAACAAGGCCCUGGUGGAGAGAGGUUUAUCCAUUUUAAAUGCUGAGGUCCAAGCUAAUCUUAUAGGUCAAUUUUCAAGCGUUGAAGAGGAGAAUAAUCCUAUCUGGUCCUUGAUUGAUAAACGAAUCCACCUGUAUAUGAAAAGCCUACUUGGUCUUCCAAGUCUUCAAAAAGGCAUGCCUCCCGUGCCAGGAGGCCUUGCAGUCAUUCAGCAGGAGCUAGAAGUGGUAGGCUCUCAAUAUGCAAACAUUGUGAAUCUCAACAAGCAAGUGUAUGGACCAUUUUAUGCAAAUAUACUUCGGAAGCUGCUCUUCAGUGAGGAAGCCAUGGGAAAGGCAGAUGCUUCAUCUUCUACUAACUAAAGAGGAACUGACAUUGGAUGCGAGGUUGGAAAUCUAGCACUUUGGUAGCCAGUCUGUUUCUACCAGUGGCAUUACAGAUGCUGCACAUUCUCAGCCCUGUUUGUGGUGCAGUGUUAGCCUGAAUUUGUGUAACCCAGUGAUAUUUGCUUUGCAGAAGACAUGCACAUCAUAGAGACCCUAUUCAUGCAUCGUUUUCAAGUUCAAAAGAGAUGUUUUUUAAUGGAAAGAAAGCAAUUUAUAAUUAAUUAUAUGACCUACAUAAUACUUGUAAAUGUUUUCUUAAGCAUUUAUAUUAUGGCUUGUUCAUUCAGCCCUUAAGGAGUUAUAUUUCCUCAGUCGUCACUGUCAAGUCUAAUGAUUUUAAAUUUUGUUACAACUUCUUAAAAGGGUUGAAAGCCAUGAGAAUAGCCAAGGCGAUUGAUGUUCUGAAUAAAUGAUGUGAAGUAAGCAUAAUUGUAUUUGAAAUGUAGGAUUAAAUGUUAUUAAUGUGUAAGAGAAACUUACAUAUAAGUCCAGAGAUGUACCAAAUCACAUUUUAUAUUACCAAUUGUCAGUAUUUGUCUAGAAUUUGAAUUUACUAAGAAUAUUUUAAAGCUAUGUACACAUUUUAGUAAAACCUCUAUUGUUCAUUUAGUGAAAAUAGAAAAAAAAAAUCCCUUCUAAUAUUUUAUUCUAGAUGUUGGUUUCUGUCUGUAACUUACCCUACUCUCUGAGAGAAACAAGUUUUGCACAAAUAUCUUAGUGAAUGUCCUUACAUUUCUCAGGCCAUUGGUAAGGUUUAUGUAAGAUUUUAAUAUUUUUAUGUAAGGCAGGAGUGGUUUGAACUAAUUUAUCUGGAAUAAGAAGGGAAGUUAACAAUAAAUGAGAUCCCCAGGAGAUUCCUAUUGUCAGUGAAGUUCACGUGUGAAAAUGAAAUAGUUGAAGUUUGGAUUUUUUGAACCGUAUAGAUAAAUUGUUAGCAAAUGCCUCCUGUGCUGAUUAGAUUCUUACCCAGUUAUGACCAAGGUGCCCUUCUAAGUGUCAUCGUCAUUUGACAUUCUUGAGCAUUAAGUCAAAACUUUGCCAAGCUGGCACUGGUUGUCACUGGGAUUUUGGAGAAAUCUGCUUGUCUGGGAAUUACGUACUUCUUCUAAAAUGUUAAGGGAGCCACUACAGUCUGGGCAGACUCCAUCUAGAAAGUAGGAGGUAAAAAGGAGUGAGGAUUCCUUUCUCCUUACCUCCUUUCCCUCCCUAUGACCACCAUUAUGGUGCUACUUAGUUGUUUGGUAAAGUUCUAGGAAAUGAUUGUGUGAAUAAACUAUUUCCAAUCUUUACAUUUUGGAGGGAUCUGCCAAAACUUGAGGAAAUUUUGAAAGUCUUUUUUCUCCCCCCUCACAAUGACCAGUAUAUAAAUCUGCCAUUCUACCUGUCUAAGCAGCUGUGUAUGAGUAGAAUUUUCCUCAAGAGCACAUCACUAGUCUUACCCAUUUCCCCCAUGUCCCCUUCCUGUAUUUCUCUUCUGCCCAUGUUUUCCUGUGCUUAGAAACCAUAAGGUGCUGGAAAAACUUUUUUUUUUUUCAUUUU